GCCGCACGCGACGCGCGUGGGCCCGUGGCUCGAGACCGUGACCGGCGUCAACACACUUCGGCGCUGCCGCCCCCGCCGUCUCCACUUCGCCGCCGAGGAAACGUGUCAGAUCCCCUCGAUUGCUCCGCCGCGGCCUACGUGCGGCAGCGCUCCCCGGUGCCUCUGCGGCGGACUAAGCGUCGCCGCCCCGCGAAACCCUAGAACGCCGGAGCCGCGUACGGCUCGUGUUUCCGGGCUCGCCGCUUGCUGCCGUCCAUGUCCUCCCGGCCGCCGGAGGCUGUGGGGGACGCUGGUGCCCCUUCAUCCAGCGGUACUUUGCCUCAGGAUAUAAGUGACGUGUCCAAAUCUACAGCUGGUCAGCUGCAAGCAGCAGAUCAGAAAGGAAGUGCCCAGUCAAGCCAGCAGGCAGGGCUACCACGUAUGAAUCCAUCAGAUCAGUUGUCUCAACCAAAAUCGGAAACUGGAGAUUCAGAAAAUGAGAACUUUAUCAAACAGGAGGAACACUUUUACCAGCCAGAACAAGAGCAGUCACGUUCUGAGAAUCAACUGCAGCAGGCAGAAACAAAUAGCUUCCAGUUGGCAGAAAAAGGAACAGACUAUGUUGCUCAACAGAGUUUGACAGGCUCCAUGGAAGAUGCUGCUCAGCCUUCAGGAGAUCAGCGGCAUGUAAAUCCAGUUGUUGGUCAGCAAGCACCUCAUGGUGCGCAGGAAACAAGGAAGAGGGGAUAUCAGCCAUCUAUACCAUUUAAUAUGUUGAUUCCAAUCCUACAGGCGCAUCUUGACAGAGAUAAAGACAUGCAGCUUCAAUCUGUAUGGGCAAAACUUAGGCGUAAUGAAGUCCAUAAAGAUGAUUUCUUAAGAGUUAUAAGGAAUAUCGUUGGAGAUCAAAUGCUCAAGCAGGCGGCGCAUAAAGUCUUUGCACAGAUGCAAGCUCAGGCACAACGAAAUAACCAGGGAAAUGCAAAUCAACAUUCCUUGCCAUCUCAAGCAUCUUCUACACCGGCAAAAUUGCCUGAUCAGCAAGUUCGCAUGCCCACCCCACCUAACCAGGGUCACAAAAGCCAGGCAUCAUCUUCACCUCAGAGCUUUGUGCCACUUUCAGGCACACAAAUGCAAAGCAGUAUGCAUUACUUUGCUCACGAUAAUUCUAUCCAAAAGCCAGAUGUAAAGGGGGUGAAUGCUCUGCCGAAUCGACCACCUGGUAUGAGCCUGCCAAUUCAACUGCAGACAAGUAACAAACAGCUGCAACCCACAGAAAUCCAGCAAGCCUCACAGCAAUUAUAUGGAACUACUAACACCCCUCAGUCGUACCCUCGGCCAACCAGUGGUUCGAUGCCUCUUAGACCACAGAGUCAAGCGCCUGAAACACGACCUCCCUUUCAUCCUCAUGGAAGGAUUCCUGCAAAAGUCGGAACUGUUCCUACUCAUCCGUCAAUGCAACAGAAUCCAUUGGCACGCCAAAUGCAACAAAAUAAGGAUAUAAAAAAUAAUGCUCAUAACCCAAGUGCUAAUACAAAACAAGGUUCUGAGCCCGCAGGCAAGGCCCGCCAGGUUGGCACAGGUCCUUCGGCGAAAUUGCAAGGAAAGCAGGCGGCCCCUAAAACAUCUACACCACCUGCCGCAAGGACUACUAAGAAAUCGGGUGGCCAGAAGAAAUCAUUGGAAACGGCUGGUUCAGCACCACCACCAUCCAGCAAAAGACAAAAGACAGCUGGAGCCUUCCAGGAACAAAGCAUCGAUCAACUUAAUGAUGUCACAGCUGUUAGUGGUGUUAAUCUUAGGGAAGAAGAGGAACAACUGCUCUCUGCCCCCAAGGAAGAGAGCCCAGCCACAGAGGCCGCACGGAGAAUCGUACAGGAGGAAGAAGAAAACCUCUUUCUGCAGAAGGGCCCUCUUGUGAAGAAACUAGCAGAAAUCGUUCUUAAAUGUAACUUGAAGAACGCUGGCGCUGAUGUUGGGCGUUGUUUAUCAAUGUGUGUGGAGGAGCGACUGCGAAGAUUCAUAAGUACUCUUAUAAGAGUUUCAAAGCAGAGAGUCGACGCAGAAAAGACUGGUCAUCGACUAGUUAUUACUUCAGAUGUCGGACGCCAAAUUUUGCAGAUGAACCAGAAAGCUAAAGAAGAAUGGGACAAAAAACAAGCAGAAACAGACAAGAACAAGAAACAGACUGAGGAUGGUAGCAGUGGUGGCGCAGAAUUGGAGAAAGAAAAAGAGGAAAGCCGUCCAAAGAAUGCGAAGCCCAACAAAGAAGAAGAUGAUAAAAUGAGAACAACGGCAGCAAAUGUUGCUGCUCGGCAGGCAGUUGGAGGAAGUGAUAUGUUUUCAAAGUGGCAGCUGAUGGCCGAACAAGCUAAGCAGAAGCGGGCACCAGCUCCAAGACCAUCCCAUGUAUCUGGAAAAGGAUCGGCAGAACGCAGCGAGGCUUCAAAGAGGAGCCAUCUUGCGGCCUUUGGAACUGGAGGCACGGAAAGGCAAGGCAAGGGUUCAUUCGCAAAUCGCCACUCGCAUGGGCCACAGCGAACUGUUUCUGUGAAGGAUGUAAUCUGCGUCCUGGAGAGGGAGCAUCAGAUGACGAAAUCGCGGCUGAUUUAUCGGCUGUACGAGCGAUUGCCUGGAGAGCCCACCACAGAUUAGGAUAAAAAUAUAGUCAUUUGUUUAGCUUCACCUAUAGUGUGUAAAUGGUGUGCCCAUGCGGUGUGUGGUGGUAAGGUAAAAUUGAUGACAGUGCCGGCUAUAGUUGACAUUACAGAUCUGUUAACAGAUAAGAUGGUGAAUAGCCACCAAAAUGGUCAUACAAACCCAGUCUAGAAAGGGAGAGUUGUCAUGGGAAUAAGAUUGUGCAGUGUGAGUCUGUCGAUGCACCUGACCUGCUUUCAUCUGUUGUGUUCUGAUACAGUGUCUCAGUUAUACUACUAUGAUAUGAGAAAUCUCCUACGCUGGCUCCCAA